AUGGCGACUAUUCAGGAGGAAGGUGGACCAAGCUUGGUCGAGUUCCUUUCCGGUGCCUGGCUGUCAAGUGCACCGCUUCUCCGAAGCCAACUGGUGGGACACUGCCUGGCAGUCGGAGCCAUCGCUACAAGAAGCUGGCCUGCUGUACUUUCAGCUUGUUGCGAUGCCGCCGAGUGCCAGGAGGCAGUCCUAGCUGUGGUUGCCAAGCACGGAGACGAUCCGGCUGUGCGCGACUGGGCCCAGGAGUGCAGCCAAAAGGAUUCUCUCGCGGCCGGCUUCCGUCUUCGGCUCUACGCGCGCUAUGCCAAGGAUCCGGGCAGCGAGGCUUUUGUGGCUUGGAGGUCGCUGCAGCUGUCUGCAGAGGCGGCUGUGCUCCGAGGGGAGCGGCUGCCUCCAGAAGCACUGAGCUUGAUCGACGCCUCAAGGCUGUGGCCGCAGCUACUCGCCCGCCGCGCCGUCCUCGCUGCAGCUGCGUUGAUUCACGCAGCGCCACGCUUCUGCUCGGACUCCGAUGAGGUUACGGCCCUGGCGAACGCGAUGCUGAAGGGCGGUUCGCAAGCUGAGGCCCGAGCCGCCUGUGGCAUCCUCGAAGCCCUCCGUGGGCCGUCGGCCUCUGCGCUGCUCGCGGCGCUGUGCUCUCGGCAGCCACUGCAUCUUCUGGAGGGCUUGCCGGCCCCUGCGCAGGAUUUUCACGAGGCCGCUGCAUGCCUGGCCCUGCGAUAUGGGGAUCGGCGAAUACCCGGCCUCGUUCUUCCGCUCUUGCACUCUGACUGCGCGCUGCUUCCCGAGGUUUGUGAGGCAGCUGCUUCAGGGGAGUCCUGGACGCAGGACUGGUGGGAAGCGAAGGCGAAGGAGGGCUUACGCUCACAAAGCUUCCUGGGACUCGAGGCCUUGCUGUCAGUGGGGCCUUGGAAAGAUGCCAGCAUGUUGGAGCGCUUGGUCCAGGGAUGGCUCCAGUUGCCUCUGAGCCGAAGUGACCGCUUCGGAACAGGCCCUGCAGAAGCCUGGAGCCAGGCGGCCGUCGUCCUGCGGAAGCUUCGCUUGGCACUCCCAUCUCUUGCCUUGACCGCCGCUGAACUUCUUUGCGGGUGCUUUACGGAGGCAGCAUUGAUGCCCAGCGCGGUGGCCCUCGAACUGUGCUGCUGCGGUCUGGAGGUUCGUCUCCCUGCAGACGCCUCCGUGGGCCAACUCAUUGCCUUGGCCUCGGUGGCGCCGAGGCUCGCUGCAAAAGGCCUCGGCUUCUCCGCCGAGAGUGCGCUGGCCGCCCUGGCGUCGCUGAGUGCAGCGCGCGCCGAGGCUUCGGCAGAGGGGUUCGAGCUCUGGCUGGACGACAUCGGGUGUGGCUUCGUCGCUUGGUCAGAUGCUCGCGCUGCCUGCUUUGCCGACCCAUUCCUGGUGGCGUCUUAUCCUCGCCAGGACCCUGAGUACCAGCAGGGAGACCUACGUCGGCGCUUCGUGUCACUGGGACCCAUGGCUGCCUCACAUGCUACGGCGGAUGAGCUGGCAGACAUGAUGGAGGUGCCAAAGCUCAGCUCGGCCGAGAAGCAGGCUCUGCUCCACGCAGCCAAGAGCUCGGCGCGCUCCGCGAAGGUCCUCAAUGCCGUGCGUGGCUGGAUAGCUGAUCCAGGCUCUGACCGGCACGUGGUGUCGGCUGCAGCAUCACUCCUCGCUGAUGUCGGGAGUAGGCCCCAAGACUUCUUGGAUCUUUUUCCUCGUCUCAAGGCCGCCAAAGCUCUGACCUCCGCCGCCGGCAUCCUCGAUGCUGGCGUUCCAAGCGAGGCUCUGGGACUCGUCUUGGGGUCAUCGAGCCUCUGCACUGCAUUGGCGCAGCGCCGGCUGGCAUCGGGCGAAGCGCGGGAUGCCACGCUGCUCGCGCUGUUGGCUGUAAAGGCCAGUGCGAGAGACUCCAAACACCUUGCGGACGACCAUCCAGCCCUGCAGAUUUGCCGGGCGCGGAGCAUGCUGUCGCAGAAGGAUCGGAUGGAUUUGGUGCGAAACCUGCUGUCCCUUCGAGGCUCCUUGAGCACCGAGGGCUCGCCACAUGGCGACGGCCAUGGCCAAAACCUGAGGCUUUGGCUAUGCCUUGGGGAGUUGAUGUCAGCGGAAGAUGCCGAAGUCAUCGCCGCGGAGGCGAAGCAGGCGCUGAAGGACUCGCCGCUCCCAGCGACCAGAGUUUUGGUGCAAAAUGUUUGGGCCAAAGCUGCACACCUGGUAGGUGCACCUCUCGUGCAUGACUUGGCCGCCACCCUCGCAGAUCCCGAUCUACCCGAAGCUUUUGCAGCCAACUGCGUGGCUGUGGCGGCGCAGCUGCUGUUGCACCCAGGCCAUGGUGCGACAGAGGAGGGCUUCUGCGAAGCAGAAGCCAAGCAGGCCCGGCCCAGCGGUUCGAGUAUUGGGCUACUGGCCUUGGAUGAGGCGCACCAAGAGCUGCUGGCUUCCCUGGUCGGCUGGAGCGCUUCGUACGUGCAUGGGCCGCGGCUGCUGUCGUCCUUGGCGCUCUACCAUGCUUUGGAGGAUCGGAAGCUGACGCCCGCAUCCGGCGUGUAUCUCGUGGCCCUGGAGCGUCAAGUGCGCCACGCCUCUGCCUUCAAGCGGCUGCGGGAGCGGGUGCGCUUGCAGGAUUGGGUAAGCUCUGCCUGGUCUGCGGUGAAGCCGUCGCGUCCUUUGGACGUUGUUCUCAACGCAGCCUGCAAGCAGGUGUUUUGCGACCUCUGGUCCCCUUCACCACUUUCGGUGGAUGCAGAAGGCGACGAUGCCCCGGCCGUUGAUGAAGGUGGAGGAAGACAACGUCGGCCCACCCGGCCCCCACGAGGCCAGACCGGUGAAGCGGAUGUCGCCGUUUGCGCAUCCCUGGUCGACAAUGUACCGAACAUGGCCGGGCUUGUUCGCACGUCUGAGGCUUUGCUGGGCAGUUGUGUGGAAGUGGCUCUCCGCAACGACAAGGUGAGAUCGGAGGGUCACUUUCAAAAAAUGGUCGUUGCGGCAGACAAGAAUGUGCGUCUCUCGGCAGUGCCUCCUGGCCCUCGUCUUCUGCACUUCCUCCGGGAGCACCGGGCACAGGGAAAGCAGGUCGUGGCCUUAGAGCAGACGUCCAACAGCGAGAUCUUGCAGGCCGGCACGCAGCUGCCCAAACGCUUCGUUCUUCUUCUAGGUAGCGAGCAGGAGGGCCUUCCAGCAUGGCUGCUUCAAAGUGGCCUCGUUGACCGGUUCGUAGAGCUUCCUUUGCGAGGACAGACAGGAUCGCUCAACGUGCACGUUGCAGCUGCCAUGCUGCUGUGGCACUACCGCCUGCAGCACUGA